CAUCCUGGGUUAAGUGCUGUCUCAUUGCUUUGCAGGCUGCCUGCUGUUUCCCAGGGAGAUCAUGAAACGAGGUCGUCUUCCCAGCAGCAGUGAGGAUUCUGACGACAAUGGCAGCCUGUCGACUACUUGGUCUCAGAAUUCCCGGUCCCAGCACAGGAGGAGUUCCUGCUCCCGGCACGAAGAUCAGAAGCCUUCCGAGGUGUUCAGGACGGACCUCAUCACCGCCAUGAAGCUGCACGACUCCUACCAGCUGAGCCCCGAUGAGUACUACGUGCUGGCGGACCCCUGGAGGCAGGAGUGGGAGAAGGGGGUCCAGGUGCCCGUGAGCCCUGGGACCAUCCCUCAGCCUGUGGCCAGGGUUGUGUCGGAGGAGAAAUCCCUCAUGUUCAUCAGGCCCAAGAAAUACAUCGUGUCCUCGGGCUCCGAGCCUCCGGAGCUGGGCUACGUGGACAUCCGCACGCUGGCCGACAGCGUGUGUCGCUAUGACCUCAAUGACAUGGACGCCGCGUGGCUGGAGCUGACCAACGAGGAGUUCAAGGAGAUGGGAAUGCCUGAGCUGGACGAGUACACCAUGGAGCGGGUGCUGGAGGAGUUUGAGCAGCGAUGCUACGACAACAUGAACCACGCCAUAGAGACGGAGGAGGGCCUGGGCAUCGAGUACGACGAAGACGUCGUGUGUGACGUCUGCCAGUCGCCUGACGGUGAGGACGGCAAUGAGAUGGUGUUCUGCGACAAGUGCAACAUCUGUGUGCACCAGGCCUGUUACGGAAUCCUCAAGGUCCCCGAGGGCAGCUGGCUGUGCCGGACAUGUGCCCUGGGGGUUCAGCCGAAGUGUUUGCUGUGCCCCAAGAAAGGCGGAGCCAUGAAGCCCACCCGCAGUGGGACCAAGUGGGUCCACGUCAGCUGUGCUCUGUGGAUCCCCGAGGUGAGCAUCGGCAGCCCCGAGAAGAUGGAGCCCAUCACGAAGGUUUCUCACAUCCCCAGCAGUCGGUGGGCGCUGGUGUGCAGCCUCUGCAACGAGAAGUUUGGGGCCUCCAUCCAGUGCUCCGUGAAGAACUGCCGCACGGCCUUCCACGUGACCUGUGCCUUCGACCGGGGCCUGGAGAUGAAGACCAUCUUGGCAGAGAACGAUGAAGUCAAGUUCAAGUCCUACUGCCCGAAGCACAGCUCCCACAGGAAAGCCGAGGAGGGCCUCGGGGAGGGGGCUGCUCAGGAGAACGGGGCCCCCGAGCGCUCCCCCCGGAACCCGCUGGAGCCCUUUGCCAGCCUGGAGCAGAAGCAGGAGGAGGCCCACCGGGUGAGUGUCCGGAAGCAGAAGCUGCAGCAGCUGGAAGACGAGUUCUACACCUUCGUCAACCUGCUGGAUGUCGCCAGGGCCCUGCGGCUGCCCGAGGAGGUGGUGGACUUCCUGUACCAGUACUGGAAGUUGAAGAGGAAGGUCAACUUCAACAAGCCCCUGAUCACUCCAAAGAAAGACGAAGAGGACAAUCUAGCGAAGCGGGAGCAGGAUGUCUUGUUUAGGAGGCUGCAGCUGUUCACGCACCUGCGGCAGGACCUGGAGAGGGUUCGGAACCUCACUUACAUGGUGACCCGCAGGGAAAAGAUUAAGCGAUCUGUGUGCAAAGUCCAGGAACAGAUAUUCAAUCUUUACACUAAGCUCUUGGAGCAAGAAAGAGUCUCAGGUAUGCGAUCAGCCCUCACGGGUCCAACAGCAGGGCGGCGGCUCGCACGCCUAGCGCUCCGCUGAGGACAGACUAGUGCC